AUGAUGUGCAUUUACAUAAUCCUAGUCGCCCUCACGAUGAACGCGGCCUCCGAGGCCUCCGUGAGGAUUUGUGAACCGAUAAAAGUGGCAAUGUGCAAGAACAUUGGAUACAAUCAAACCGGGAUGCCGAACUUAGCGAGGCACACGCUGCAAGCGGAUGCCGAUGUGACUCUUCAGACCUUCAGUCCCCUGGUCCAGUACGGGUGUUCGUCGCAGUUGCAUUUGUUUUUGUGCGCGGUCUACGUGCCGAUGUGUACGGACAAAGUGGCUCUUCCUAUCGGCCCUUGCCGCGGACUGUGCGAGAGCGUAUACGCGAGGUGUUAUCCUGUGCUGCGAGGGUUCGGUUUCCCGUGGCCGGCCGAGCUGGAUUGCUCGUUAUUCCCGGUGGAAAACAACCACGAACACAUGUGUAUGGAAGGUCCGGGGGAGAGAAAUCCGGUAGGGACGAUCCCUCUUGACGCAUCGAGCGCGAGCAGGAGCGCUUGUAGACGGCUAAUAAAACCGAACAGUUGGAUCUGGGUUAGGAGCACAGGUCGCUGCGCGCAGUUCUGUGACGCUGAGGUUCUGUGGGAAGCGGGCGAGAUAAAGGCGGCUGAAGUUUGGUUGGCGACUUGGGCCGCGUUGAGUUUCGUGUGUACGCUCGCGGCUGUCGUGGCACAGCUGGCGUGCGGUGAUAGAGGUGGUGCUGGCGAGAGAGCCUUGGUGCUAGUGGCUCUAUGUAGGUGUGCUGCGGCCGCAGGAUGGGGCGUUCGGGCAGCAGCCGGCCGCACGGCAGCGGGAUGCGCUAAAGACUCCACGUCGCCGACGAGGAUGCUUCUAGCACACGAUGGCCUAGCGAAUCCUAAUUGCGCCGUUGUUUUCCUACUUCUCUACUAUUUUGGAUUAGCUGCAUCCGUAUGGUGGGUAGUUGUUGCUGGAGCAUGGCGAGCGAGCGUCUUACGUCCCCCCACGACCCCUGCUACCGCUCGCAACGACAGACACUCGUCUUUGCUGCAACUAGCUGCUUGGGGAGUUCCUGCUGCGCUGGCUGCUGCUGUACUCGUAACAAGAGAUGUGGAUGCUGACGAGCUUACUGGUACUUGCUUUGUAGGAAACCAGUCAAGCAAGUCGUUGCUGGCAUUGGUAAUCAUUCCUGAAGCCAUUUGCCUACUUCUCGGCUCCGUGUUCUUGGCUUCUGGGCUAAGGACAGUACUCCGCCGUCCCACUACAGUUCCUCAACCCGGACCGCUCUUGACAGCAGCACCUCAAGCUCAUAACGAUCAAAGCAUUCUAAGACUAGGAGCGUUCACUGCUCUAUACGCAGUUCCUUCAGCGUGUAUAUUGGCGACAUGGAUUUACGAGUACGCAUGGAGAGAUGAUUGGCUCGCUGCGCCCGGACCCUCGAGUGAACCAUCAACGCAACCGAGACCAGCCUUUUGGGUGUUCUUGUUCAGAAUAUUCGCUACACAAAUAUUGGGCGUCAUGGUGGCCGUAUGGAUAGGAACCCCUCGACUCAAAACGUUGUGGCGACGAAUAAGCAGUCCUAGGAAACCUGUAAUCGCGAAGUCCCCCCGUGGGACCUCCGCCAGCACCGCUUACGUUACAUUGUUAUGCCGGUCAUCCACACACACUGAACCGCCACUCACAUAA